AGUCCCUCUCCCACUCCUUAAAACAAUCAUCAAAAUUUCUGAAGCAUGGCUUGAGGAGGCCGAAAAUGUCUUCAUCACAUCAAAGUGGCCCAAUGAGAAAGAGCCAUCUUCCAUUGCUGCUUGUCUAGAGUCGCUACAUAAACACAAGCACCAAUUCAUGGAGAAGAAGCAGCCUCAUCUCUUCUCUGCAAAGCUCCUCAAACUCGCCUUCUUCACAGUGGUGGUGGUGAGCUUCCGUGGCCUCAGCCAUGGCCACCCACUCGACCAAGCUGGAGCUCUGAAGGCUUUAUGGAAGGCUAAAAGAAGAAAUAAUGCUGUGGACAACGAGUGGGUGGCGCCAAGCUUGUGCGCCGACCGUCACCGGACGUCUGCCGGCGGCGGAAAGAAGGAGGAUGAUCUCAUCGCAGGUGGGCUGCCUGGUCAGCCAGCAUCAUUUGCAAGCUCCAACAAGUUCAAGCAAUAUGCAGGUUAUGUAUCUGUGGAUGAAGUCAACGGCAGAAGCCUCUUCUACUAUUUCGCUGAGGCUGUUCAUCUUCCUUCUUCUAAGCCUCUCGUUCUCUGGCUAAAUGGAGGGCCAGGCUGUUCAUCACUAGGGGCGGGAGCCAUGCUAGAGCUGGGACCUUUUGGUGUAAAUUCAAAUGGUAAAACGCUUUAUCCAAGGCGCCAUUCUUGGAACAAAGUUGCAAAUAUGUUGUUUUUGGAGUCCCCAGCUGGGGUUGGAUUUUCUUACUCAAACACCACCUCGGAUUACCAGAAAUCUGGAGAUAAAAGAACAGCUGAAGAUGCAUACACUUUCCUGACCAAUUGGUUCAAAAGAUACCCAGAAUACAAGUCUCGAGACUUCUACAUAACAGGAGAAAGCUAUGCAGGAUAUUACAUUCCAGAGCUUGCAGACACCAUUGUCAAGAGAAACAAAGAGGCAGACCCCUCCUUGCUGAUCAGACUCAAAGGAAUAAUGAUAGGAAAUGGGAUAAUGAACAGGGAAACGGACGACAGAGGAUUUUUUGAUUACCUGUGGACCCACGCAUUGAUUUCGGAUGAGACUCAUCAAAGACUUCUGGAAUACUGCAUGAAUUCCCAAAUCAAAAAGUGCGAUUAUCUUCUGGAUGGGGCUUCGAAAGAGAUUGGAGGAAUUGAUCAUUACAAUAUCUAUGCCCCAUUGUGUUUGAAUGCGUCACUGUCAUCAAGAAACCCGAGAGGCUCUGGAGGUUAUGAUCCAUGUGAAACCGAUUAUGUUCACAGUUAUCUCAAUCUUCCUCAAGUUCAGAAAGCUUUGCAUGCCUACAGAACCAAUCUGCCCUAUCCAUGGCAGCUUUGCAGUGCCAUCAUAGUUUGGAACGAUAGCCCGUCAACUAUGUUCCCCAUAUACAGAAGGCUGAUCGCUUCUGGUCUUCAAAUACUUCUUUACAGUGGCGAUGUGGAUGCAGUGGUUCCAGUGUCUAGCACUCGAUACUCCAUCGACGCCUUAAAUCUUACAGUGGUUAAGCCUUGGUCUCCUUGGACAGAUGCUGGCGGAGAAGUGGGAGGAUAUCUAGUGGCUUACAAUGGACUGAAUUUCGCAACAGUUCGAGGUGCUGGCCAUCAAGUUCCAAUGUUUCAGCCGAGCAGAGCCUUGUCCCUAUUUAAGAUGUUUUUAGCAGCACAUUAGUGCUUUCAAGCUCCAAUGAGAGCUUGAUUACUACAACUGUUAUGCUGAAAAGAUGAGAGAAAUAGUUCAAUCGGCUAAAAUAAGUGCUUCAGCUUUUGUUGAUUGUAAUUUUCUGCUACAAUGGUCGAAGCUUAUCCACUUAUGGUAAUGAAUAAAGUCUAUGGCUUUGUACUCUGUAAACAUUUCCAACCAGUUAAGAAAGAAUUAAUGGUCUGGUGCCGUAAAGAAAUCUUACACUAGCUGGGGACUCAAGGAAAAGGAUAUUUGCCACU